AUGGUGGUGGACACGGACUCGCACGCUGUCAUUCGUGCACGUGCAAUUUCGGCACACAAGGAGAAAAAGGUGGAAACGGAAACUUUGCAGCGGAUGUUCGACAAAUUCACCAACAGGAUCCUGAACUUCAAGAAGGACAAUUGUCAGGAAUUGGUUCCUAUCACGGAAUACAAUGGGAUCGUGGCUCUCUGCAAACUUUUCACAUCUUUGGCCGAGGAAGGGCUGAAUCUCACUGACACAGAGAACUACUCCACCUUGGUGGAGAUGUACUUCGUCUUCAGCAUGAUCUGGUCGCUGUGCGCCGCCGUGGACGAGGAAGGCCGGAAGAAGAUUGACAACUUCCUGCGGGAAAUCGAGGGAACCUUUCCUAACAAGGACACCGUCUACGAGUAUUACGUGGACCCCAAGAGGAAGCAGUGGGUUGCCUUUGAGGACAACCUUCCCAAGAUGUGGAGAUACCCUCCCAACAUCCCCUUCUACAAGAUCAUCGUGCCGACGGUCGACACCAUGCGCUACAACUAUCUCGUCAACGCCCUGAUUUCCAACCAACAGCCGGUGGUGCUGGUUGGCAUGGUGGGCACGGGGAAGACCUCCAUUGCCCAGGGGGUGCUUCAGUCCUUGGACAGCAUCAAAUGGGCCAUCCUGGUCAUCAACAUGUCUGCUCAGACCACCUCCAACAACGUCCAGAGCAUCAUCGAGAGCCGCGUGGAGAAGCGCACCAAGGGCGUCUACGUGCCCAUGGGAGGGAAAAGCAUGAUCACCUUCAUGGAUGACCUCAACAUGCCAGCCAAAGACACCUUCGGAUCUCAGCCUCCGCUGGAACUCCUCCGGCUAUGGCUGGAUUACGGCUUCUGGUACGACCGGACCAAGCAGACCAUCAAACACAUCAAGGACAUGUUCCUGAUGGCGGCCAUGGGACCUCCCGGAGGAGGCCGUACGGUGAUCUCCAGCCGUUUGCAGAGCCGUUUCAAUCUCAUCAAUAUGACCUUCCCAACCGAUUCCCAAAUCCGUCGCAUCUUCGGCACCAUGAUCAACCAGAAGUUGCAGAAUUUCGAGGAGGCUGUGAAACCCAUCGGGAAUGUCAUCACUGAGGCCACGGUGGAGCUUUACAACAGCGUGGUCCAACGGUUCCUACCCACGCCGGCCAAAAUCCACUACCUCUUCAACCUCCGGGACAUUUCCAAGGUCUUUCAAGGCAUGUUGAGGGCGCACAAGGACUUCCACGAUACCAAAGCCAGUUUGACGCGCCUCUGGAUCCACGAAUGCUUCAGGGUCUUCUCGGACCGCCUGGUGGACAUCCCUGACAUGGAGACCUUCGUGGCCCUUCUGGGGGAGAAGCUGGGCACCUUCUUCGACGUGACCUUCCAUCACCUCUGCCCCAACAAACGGUCACCCAUCUUCGGUGAUUUCAUGCGCAACGUUUACGAGGAUAUGACGGACAUGGGUGUCCUGAAGGCCGAGAUGGAGCGGGCAUUGGGGGACUACAACCGGACGCCAGGCGUGGUGCCCAUGAGGCUGGUGCUCUUCCGAGACGCCAUCGAGCACAUCACCCGCAUCGUCCGGGUGAUCAGCCAACCCCGCGGCAACAUGCUGCUGGUGGGCAUCGGAGGGAGCGGGCGCCAGAGCCUGGCCCGCUUGGCCUCCUCCAUCUGCGAGUACUACACCUUCCAGAUCGAGGUCUCCCGGCAGUACCGCAAACAGGAAUUCCGAGAAGACAUCAAGAAGCUUUACCGGCAGACCGGGGUCGACCUGAAGCCCACCACUUUCCUCUUCGUGGAUACCCAGAUCGCGGACGAAUGCUUCUUGGAGGACAUCAACAACAUCUUGAGCUCUGGGGAAGUGCCCAACCUCUACAAAUCGGAUGAGUUUGAGGAGAUCCAAAACCAUAUCCUUGACGCGGCCCGGUCCGAGGGCAUCCAGGAGAGUCAGGACAGCCUCUUUGCCUACCUGAUCGAAAGAGUCCGGAACAAUCUUCACGUCGUGCUGUGCCUGAGCCCAGUGGGGGACCCCUUCAGGAACCGGAUACGCCAAUAUCCCGCUUUGGUGAACUGUACGACCAUUGACUGGUUCUCGGAGUGGCCAAAGGAAGCCUUGCUGGAGGUGGCGGAGAAGUAUCUGGAAGGCGUGGAUUUGGGCACGGUGGAAAAGGGCAGCUUCGACACGAUGCAAAAGCGAGUGGCUAAAAUCUUUGUCACCAUGCACUGGUCAGUGGCCAGAUAUUCUCACAAGAUGCUGCUGGAACUCCGGCGCCAUAACUAUGUGACACCCACCAACUACCUGGAGCUGGUGUCCGGCUACAAGAAACUGCUGGCCGAGAAACGGAAGGAGCUUUCCGACCAGGCCAACAAACUCCGCAACGGUCUCUUCAAAAUUGACGAGACCCGAGAAAAAGUCGAGGUGAUGACCCUGGAGCUGGAGGAGGCCCGGAGGAAGGUGGCCGAAUUCCAGAAACAGUGCGAGGAAUACCUGGUGAUCAUUGUUCAGCAGAAACGGGAAGCCGAUGAGCAACAGAAGACGGUGUCGGCCAACAGCGAGAAGAUCGCUGCCGAGGAGAUCAAGUGCAAAGCGUUAGCCGACAAUGCCCAGAAGGAUCUGGAGGAAGCGUUACCCGCCUUGGAGGAAGCCAUGAAGGCUUUGGAGUCCCUCAACAAGAAGGACUUGACGGAGAUCAAGUCCUACGGCCGGCCGCCCACCCUGGUGGAGACUGUGAUGCAGGCCGUGAUGAUCCUGCGGGGCAACGAGCCCACCUGGGCGGAAGCCAAGAAGCAGCUAGGGGAGCCCAACUUCAUCAAGCAACUGGUCUACUUCGACAAGGAUAACAUCUCCGACAAAGUUCUCAAGAAGAUCAGCGCCUACUGCUCCCAGCCAGAUUUCCAGCCAGACAUCAUCGGGCGGGUCUCGGUGGCCGCCAAGUCUCUGUGCAUGUGGGUGCGAGCCAUGGAGAUGUACGGGCGCAUCUACCGCGUGGUGGAGCCCAAGCGCGCUCGCAUGAAUGCCGCCUUGGCCCAGCUGGCAGAGAAGCAGGCGGCCCAGGCCGAAGCUCAGGAGCGGCUGCGAGAGGUUGCAGAGAAGCUGGAGAUGCUGAAGAAGGAGUACGAGGAGAAGCUGGCGCAGAAGGAGGAACUGCGCAAGAAGUCCGAGGAGAUGGAGAUGAAACUGGACCGGGCUGACAAGCUGGUCUCUGGCCUGGCCGGGGAGAAGAUCCGCUGGGAGGAGACCGUCAAGGGCCUGGAGGAAGAUCUGGGCUACUUGGUGGGCGACUGCCUCCUCGCCUCGGCCUUUGUGUCCUACAUGGGGCCCUUCCUGUCCGUUUACCGCGAUGAAAUGCUCUCCCACAUCUGGAUGAAGCAGAUCCGGCAGUUUCAUGUGCCCUGCUCACCCAUGUUCACCUGCGACAGCUUCCUCUCCAACCCAACCAUGGUACGCACCUGGAAUAUCCAGGGACUGCCCUCCGACGACUUCUCCACCGAAAACGGGAUUAUCGUCACGCGUGGAAACCGGUGGCCUCUGAUGAUCGACCCUCAAUGCCAGGCCAGUAAGUGGAUCAAGAACAUGGAAGCCAAGAAAGGCUUGAAGAUCAUCGACCUGCAGAUGCCCGAUUACCUUCGCAUCCUGGAAAAUGCCAUCCAAAUGGGCUCACCGGUGCUGCUGCAGAACGUACAAGAGGAGCUGGACCCCACCCUCGCCCCCAUCCUCAACAAGUCCGUCACCAAAGUGGGUGGGCGCAUGCUGAUCCGGCUGGGCGACAAGGAGGUGGAUUACCACCCUGACUUCCGAUUCUACCUCACCACCAAGCUCUCCAACCCUCACUACACGCCCGAGACGUCCUCGCAGACCACCAUCGUCAACUUUGCCGUCAAGGAGCAGGGCCUGGAGGCCCAGCUGCUGGGCAUCGUGGUCCGGAAAGAGCGGCCCGAACUGGAGGAACAGAAGGACUCCCUGGUGCUCAACAUCGCGGCCGGCAAGGGGAAGCUGAAGGAGCUGGAAGACGAGAUCCUCAGGUUGUUGAACGAAGCCACCGGCUCCCUGCUGGACGACGUGCAGUUGGUGAAUACCUUGCAAACCUCCAAAGUCACCGCCACGGAAGUGACGGAGCAGCUGGAGACCAGCGAGAUGACGGAGAUCAAGAUUGACACCGCCCGGGAGGCCUACCGGCCUUGUGCCCAGAGAGCCUCCAUCCUCUUCUUCGUGCUCAACGACAUGGGGCGGAUCGACCCCAUGUACCAGUUCUCCCUGGACGCCUACAUCGACCUCUUCAACCUCAGCAUUAACAAGAGUCAUCGCAGCCACAAGCUGGAGGAACGAAUCCGACACCUCAACGAGUACCACACCUACGCCGUCUAUAGGUACACCUGCCGGGGUCUCUUCGAGAGACACAAGCUGCUCUUCAGCUUCCAGAUGUGCGCCAAGAUUCUGGAAAUGUCCGGCUCCCUCAAGAUGGACGAGUACAAUUUCUUCCUGCGGGGCGGAGUGGUGCUGGACCGGGAAGGGCAGAUGGACAAUCCGUGCACCAGCUGGCUCUCCGACAUCUACUGGGACAACGUGACGGAGCUGGAUAAGCUGACCAAUUUCCACGGCAUCAUGAAUUCCUUCGAACAGUAUCCCAGGGACUGGAACCUUUGGUACACCAACUCCAAGCCGGAGAAGGCCAUGCUGCCAGGCGAGUGGGAAAACUCCUGCAACCAAAUGCAACGGAUGCUGGUCGUCCGGUCUCUGCGGCCGGAUCGGGUGGCCUUCUGCGUCACGGCCUUCAUCGUCUCCAACCUGGGCUCUCAGUUUAUCGAACCCCCCGUGCUGAACAUGAAGUCGGUGGUGGACGACUCCACCACAAAGACCCCGCUGAUCUUCGUCCUGUCUUCGGGUGUCGACCCCACCUCCUCCCUGCUUCAGCUGGCAGAGCAGUCGGGCAUGGCUCAACGUUUCCAUGCCCUGUCCUUGGGUCAGGGCCAGGCACCCAUCGCCACGCGUAUGAUUAAGGACGGGGUCCACCAGGGUAACUGGGUCUUCCUGGCCAACUGUCACCUGUCUCUGUCCUGGAUGCCACAGCUGGACAAACUGGUGGAACAGCUGCAGGUCGAAGAGCCGCACCCUUCCUUCCGCCUGUGGCUGAGCUCCAGCCCCCACCCCGAAUUCCCCAUCUCUAUCCUGCAGGCGGGCAUCAAAAUGACAACGGAACCCCCCACGGGCUUGAAGGCGAACAUGAAGCGCUUGUACCAGCUGAUCACGGACCCCCAGUUCAACCGCUGCACCAAGCCCAGCAAGUACAAGAAGUUGCUCUUCGCCCUCUGCUUCUUCCACAGCGUCCUGCUGGAGCGCAAGAAGUUCCUGCAACUCGGCUGGAACAUCAUCUACGGCUUCAACGACUCCGAUUUUGAGGUGUCCGAGAACCUCCUGAGCCUCUACCUGGACGAGUACGAGGACACCCCGUGGGACGCUCUGAAGUACCUGAUCGCAGGGGUCAACUACGGGGGCCACGUGACGGACGACUGGGACCGACGUCUCCUGACCACCUACAUCAACGACUACUUCUGCGAUCAAACUGUGGCCGCCCCCUUCUACAAGCUAACGGUGUUGGACACUUACUACAUCCCCAAGGACGGCAACCUCUCCUCUUACAAGGAGUACAUCAGCCUCCUGCCGGGCAUGGACCCCCCGGAGGCCUUCGGCCAGCACCCCAACGCCGACGUGGCCUCGCAGAUCACUGAGGCCCGGACCCUCUUCGAAACGCUGCUCUCCCUCCAGCCACAAACCACCCCCACCGGAGUAGCCGGGCAGAGCCGCGAGGACAAGGUUCUGGAGCUCUCCUCUGACGUGCGGAGCAAGAUUCCCGAGGAGAUCGACUACGAGGGCACCUGCAAGGUGCUCUCCACUGAUCCCUCCCCUCUCAAUGUCGUCCUGUUGCAAGAGAUCCAGCGUUACAACUCCUUGUUGCAGAUCAUCAGCUCGUCGCUGGUGGAGCUGGAGAAAGGCAUUCAAGGCCUAGUGGUCAUGUCGACGGAUCUGGAAGAGAUUUUCAAUUGCAUUUUCGACGCCCGCGUGCCCCCCAUGUGGGAAAGGGCCUACUCUUCCCAAAAGCCCCUGGCCGCCUGGACCCGGGAUCUGGGCCUGCGGGUGGAACAGUUUGCUCGCUGGGCGAAGACGGCUCACCCGCCCGUUCUCUUCUGGCUCUCGGGCUUCACCUUCCCCACUGGGUUCCUGACGGCGGUUUUGCAGGCCGCCGCACGGCAGAACAACAUCUCUGUGGACACCCUGAGCUGGGAGUUCAUCGUCUCCACGGUGGACGAUAACAAUCUGGUGUACCCCCCGAAGGAGGGCGUGUGGAUCCGGGGUCUCUUCCUGGAGGGGGCCGGCUGGGACAAGAAGAACUCCUGCCUGGUGGAGGCCGAGCCCAUGCAGCUGGUCUGCCCCAUCCCCACCAUCCACUUCAAGCCGGUGGAGAACAAGAAGAAGGCUGGCAAAGGCAUCUACUCCUGCCCUUGCUACUACUACCCCAACCGGGCGGGCACCUCCGGGCGCCCCUCCUUCGUCAUCGGCGUGGAUCUGCGCUCCGGAGCGAUGCCCCCUGACCACUGGAUCAAGCGUGGCACCGCCCUGCUUAUGAGCCUGGAUACAUGA